AAGUAGCUGAUGCCUCUGCUUCCCUCGUAGGUGUACAUUGUUUGGUCGUCCAAUGGCUGAGGAUGGACCGGAAGCACAGGAAAAUGAGCUUGUGGAAGAAGAGGAGGUGACCGCGGUGCCAGGUUGGGCCCCUUCAGUGUCACUGGAUCUGCAGGAGGUGCCGACGGGCGAAGAAGAUGAGGAUGAGAUUUAUUCCCAACGGUCCAAGCUGUAUCGCUUUAAAGAUGGCGAAUGGAAAGAGAGGGGGCUCGGCGACUCCAAGUUGCUCAGACACAGGGGAACUGGCAAGAUUCGCUACAUGAUGCGACAAGAGAGGACUGGCAAGAUUGUCGCAAAUCACUACAUCUAUGCCUUCCCGCCCUACUGUGACCUGAAACCAAACCAAGGCAGCGACAAGUGCUGGGUUUGGACAAUGAUGGACUACUCUGAGGACGAAGCUCAGGUAGAGCAGUUUGCACUACGCUUCAAGGAAGUAGAGCUGGCCCAGCAGUUCCAAGAAGCGUUCAACAAUGCAAAGGAACACAAUGCCAAGGUAUGUCAAGUGCAAGAAGUCACGGGAAGCGAGCCCAAACCUGCAAAAGAGCCAGUCCAGCCACAAGAUUCAGUGAUUGAGCCAAAGCAGGGCAGCGAGCCCGCGGAUGAAGCCAGUCAGCCCGUGGCCAAUCCCUUCGCGGGAAUGUCGCUGUUCGGAGCGUCAGCGCCCACCGGUGGCUCCCCGUCUGGUGCGACAGGUGGUUUGUUCAGCUCCCUUGCCACGAGCGGUGCCACGGGCGGUUUGUUGGCCUCCAGCGGGUCCCUGUUUGGCGAUUUGAGCUCCAGUUCUGGCAGCGCUUUUGCUGGCGCCGCCACGGGCGGUUUGUUCAGCGCCUCCAGCGGUUCCAUGUUUGGCGACUCGAGUUCCAGUUCGGGCAGCUUGUUCGGCGGCGGCUUGUUUGGGUCAAGCACCGGAGGCUCCUUGUUUGGCCAAUCCACCCAGGCGGAUGCCUCCAAAGAAGAGGAGGCUGAGGAGCUGGUGCCCGAGGAGGAGGUCACCGUGGUUCCAGGCUGGGCGCCCACCGUCUCCUUGGAACUACAGGAGGUGCCGACGGGCGAAGAAGAGGAGGAGGAGAUUUACUCCCAGCGGUCCAAGCUGUAUCGCUUUAAAGAUGGCGAAUGGAAAGAGAGGGGGCUCGGCGACUCCAAGUUGCUCAGACACAGGGGAACUGGCAAAAUUCGCUACAUGAUGCGACAAGAGAAGACUGGCAAGAUUGUCGCAAACCACUACAUCUAUGCCUUCCCGCCCUACUGUGACCUGAAACCAAACCAAGGUAGCGACAAGUGCUGGGUUUGGACAACGAUGGACUACUCUGAGGACGAAGCUCAGGUAGAGCAGUUUGCACUAAAGUUCAAGGAAGUAGAGCUGGCCCAGCAGUUCCAAGAAGUGUUCAACAACGCAAAGGAACACAAUGCAAAGGUAUGUCAAGUGCAAGAAGUCACGGGAAGCGAGCCCAAACCUGCAAAAGAGCCAGUCCAGCCACAAGAUUCAGCUCCGGACCUGCGCCCUAGCUCAGCCAGCAGCACCGCACCAGCUGCAUCCACAGGUGGCUUGUUUGGCUCAGCAACAGGUGGCUCCUCUGGCGGGCUUUUUGGCGGCAGCUCUGGCGGGCUUUUUGGUGGCGGCUUGUUUGGGGGGGCGAGCAGUGGUGGCGGCCUGUUUAGCGGCAUUUCCUUUGGCGAGGCCAAGGCCGAUUCGCCGCAGUCCGCAAGCCAACCAGCGGAGCCUUUCUCUGGCCUGUCCUUUGCCAGUGGCGGCCUGCUGGGAGCCGGUGCCUCCACCGGUUCUGGGCUCUUUGGCGCUUGCGGGUGGUCUGCUGGAGGCAUUUUGGGUGGGUCGUCCGGUAGCCUGCCGGCCGGUGGUGCCACAGGCGGAUUGUGGGGUGCGACGACGACCUCAACCGCCAAUGGGGCACAGGAGGAUGACUAUGUACCCGAAGAAGAGGUCACUCAAAUUCCUGGAUGGGCACCCUCAGUGUCUUUGGAGGUCAGGGAUUACGUUGAGACCGGCGAGGAGUGCGAAGAGGAACUCUACAGCCAAAGGUCCAAGCUCUUGCGCUUUAUAGAUGGUGAAUGGAAAGAGCGUGGAACCGGUGAUGCCAAGAUCCUGAGGCAUGUUGACACUGGCAGAUGCCGCUUCUUGAUGAGGCAGGAGAAGACCUCCAAGAUCGUGGCAAAUCACUACAUCAUCGACCAGAAGCCAUACUGCGAACUGGUGCACAACGCCGGCAACGCCAAGAUCUGGGUGUGGACUGCAAUUGACUAUGCGGAUGAGGAGCAGAAGGUGGAACAGUUCGCCCUGCGCUUCAAGACCGAGGAGAUUGCGGAAGAAUUCGGCGCGGCCUUCCUCGCUGCCAAACGUGGUGAGUCAGCUCCCGUCAAUGGAUGGCAAAAAGACGAGGAAGAGUGGGUGCAGGCCGAGUACGACACGGGCACCGCCGAUGGUGAAACAGGUUGCUUUGCAGCCUUGGCACAACAACAGGCUAACUCUUCGCCUCCCGAAUUUUUGGCAGAGUCUGGCUGGCGCUGUAUGGGCUGUCGUUUGGUUUACGGUGACCAGGUCAUCGAAUGCUCCAUUUGUGAGACAGCUCGUCCCGGCUACGAAGAGGAGGUUGCCGCUGCCAAAGCGGACAAAAGCAAGGGGAUGCAGAGUGCAGCAGCCGCCUUCUUGGGUGGUGGAACCUCGACGAAGGAGAGCACCGCCGCUGCGCCUUCGGCGCCUGCGCUCAGCUUCGGGUUUGGAUCCUCGAGUUCGGGCGGGCUUUUUGGCGCUACACCAGCCAGCUCAUCAAUCUUUGGCGGGGCGUCUGCUGGUUCGAUCUUUGGUUCUUCAGACCCUCCAGGCGCCGGUGGUGCCCCUUCCAGCUCCAUGUUUGGAUCAGGUGGUGGCUCAUUUGGCUUUGGUGUGUCAGGCAAUGCACAACAAGCAGACGGAGUCACGGCCGAGACGGCUGUGGGAAUCAAGUUCGGCCACUCCUUGGCGCCCCCGACCUCUCCGCCGGUUCAGUCCAAAGCGGCGGCACCGCCGCCGCCGCCCGCAACCGUCGAUCCAUCUCAAGUGCCUUGCGGAGCCUACAAUUAUCCGUUUCCUUGUGGCCAGCAAUUUGGAUUGCCACCAUGCAUGCCCCAUAUGGGCAUGGCCGGCAUGAUGGGUAUGCCAGCAAUGUAUGGCUACGGGGCUGAUUACUCCAAGGUGGAUGCAUUGGAACGGUCAGUGAAGGACCUCCAAGACAAGAUGAAGGAGCUCAAGGAUGCCUUUGACACUGAACGCCAAGAACGCUCCAAGGUGGAGCUCACGGUGCAAUUUCUGGAGAAGAGACUACAAGAAGAGGAGUCCAAGAGCAGCCGGGCCGAAGCGCGCGUCACUGCAGCGGAAGCUCAAGUCAGACAACUUGAGGGUGUGGUCGAAGGACUGCGGAGGUCAAUGGAUCGGCCCUCGCCCCUUGAUGAUUCCAGGCUACUUGGUGGCCUUCAGAAGAGUCUGGAGGAACAGUUAGCUCCGCUCCGGCAGGGCUUGGAGCAGAAAGCCAGCGCCAGCGAUGAGAGCCUACGACUCUUGGGCAAGGUCUUAGAGCAAAGCCGCGACGCCGAAAGUACCAUGAAGCAGCGCUUGGAGGCUGUGGAAGCCAGACUGGAUAGAAUGGGGCAUGAGCCUGCCUUCAUGCCUAUGACCAGGCCACCCUUGGACCGCGUGGCCUAUUUCCAAAGUCUGCAUGUACAACAAACCGGACGGCGCCUGGCCAAUGGAUGUGAGGACGAACCUCAGCCGACCAAUAUCUACUUGGCUGACCCCAAGCCCCUUCUGAGACGAAUUCCCUGAGCGCCAGUGGUUCGCUGGGGGUCACUUGCGUCGAACGAUGCGACCGAACUGCGGCCAAACCACCUGAGUGGGGCCAGCGCCGCUGUGUUUCAAGAGGGGCCUCCACUCUCAGUGCAGUCUGGGUGCACUGGCCUUUAGGUGAAUGUAACGAAAAAAGAACACACAGAGAGAGACCAGAUACGGAAUUGGCGCAAACCAAC